CUUUCAGCUCAGAUGCGCCACAUGAGCCUCCGCUGGGAUACGGCCAAAAGUGGGGCAGGUUUGGGUGCGACAGGGGUGGUUACAGGGUAUCAUCAGUGAGAUGCCCAUCUGUGCGGCACUAACUGUUGGGAAGAAUGUCUCCCCCUAGUGGGCACAGGAGGAAUGGCACCUCCAAGAUUCGACUGACAAUCCUGUGUGCCAAGGAUCUGUCACGGAAGGACUUCUUUAGGCUGCCGGACCCAUUCGCCAAGAUCAGCGUCGAUGGCUCGGGCCAGUGCCACUGCACGGAGCCGUGCCACGCCACCCUCAGCCCCAAGUGGAACAAGCACUUCGACCUGUACAUCGGCAAGAAUGACACCAUUGUCAUCUCGGUGUGGAACAACCGCAAGGUGCACAAGCGGCAGGGCGGCGGCUUCCUGGGCUGCGUCCGCAUCCGCUCCAACGUCAUCCAGCAGCUCAAGGACACAGGAUACCAGCAGCUGGACCUGUGCAAGUCGAGCGCGAUGGACGCCGAGUUCGUGCGCGGCAAGAUCAUCCUGUCGCUGCUCUCCCGCGAUGGCCACGGCGGCAACGGCAGCAGUCACAACGUGGUGGUCAACACGCAGGGCAUGAUCAGCGACGAGCUGGCCGAGGGCUGGGAGGAGCGCUGCGCCCCCAACGGCCGGCUCUACUACGUCAACCACGUGACGCGCAGCACGCAGUGGGAGCGGCCCGAGCGGCCGGCGCUGGACGCGGCGCUGCUGCCGGCGCCCGCUGCCGGCGGCGGCGGCGGCGGCGGUGACGGUGGCGGCGAGGACGCCGAGCCGGCCGAGCGGCGCUCGCAGCGCCGUCGCCACCAGCUCUACCUGAGCCGCAACCAGCUGCACCAGCCCGACGACCUACCCGACGGGUACGAGAUACGCACCACGUCACGCGGCCAGGUGUACUACUGGCACGUGCCGUCGGGCCGCGCCACGUGGCACGACCCGCGCCUGCCGCGCGACGCCCAGCCGCCGCCGGCCGAGCCCAGCCCGCUGCCGGCCGGCUGGGAGAUGCGGCUUACCGACUCCGGCCGCGUCUACUUCGUCGAUCACGUCAACAGGACGACCCAGUUCGCCGACCCGCGCCUCACCUCCGCCCGGCACUCGCGCGUGAUCGAGGACCCGGCCGCGCAGGGCGCGGCGGGACUCGACACGGGAGCGGCGCAGGAGAUCUUGCCCAAGUACCGGCGCGACCUGGUGGCCAAGAUGAAGGUGCUGCGGGCCGAGCUGGGCACGCUGCAGCCCCAGUCGGGCCAUUGCCGGCUCGAGGUCGGCCGCGACGAGGUGUUCGAGGAGUCGUACCGUCUGGUGAUGAAGAAGUCACCGAAGGACCUGCGGAAGCGGCUGAUGGUGAAGUUCCGCGGCGAGGAGGGUCUCGACUACGGCGGCGUGGCGCGCGAGUGGCUGUACUUGCUCUCGCACGAGAUGCUCAACCCCUACUACGGCCUGUUCCAGUACAGUCGUGACGACAUCUACACGCUGCAGAUCAACGCCAACUCCGAUGUGAACCCGGAGCACCUCUCGUACUUCCACUUCGUGGGCCGCGUGAUCGGCAUGGCGGUGUUCCACGGCCACUACAUCGACGGCGGCUUCGCCAUGCCCUUCUACAAGAUGCUGCUCAACAAGCCCAUCUCGCUGCCGGACAUCGAGCUGGUCGAUCCGGACCUGCACCGCAGUCUCACCUGGAUUCUGGAGAACGACAUCGAGGGCGUCAUCGACACAACGUUCAGCGUGGAGCACGACAACUACGGCCACAUCACCGUGCGCGAUCUCAAGCCCGGCGGCCGGGAGCUGCACGUCACUGACGAGACGAAGCGCGAGUACGUCAAACUGUACGUCCAGCUGCGCUUCAUGGAGGGCAUCGAGCAGCAGUUCCUCAGUCUGCAGAAGGGCUUCACCGAGAUCAUCCCGCAGAGCCUGCUCAAGACGUUCGACGAGAGGGAGCUGGAGCUGCUGAUCGGCGGUCUGGGCAAGAUCGACGUGGAUGACUGGAAGCAGAACACGCGGCUCAAGCACUGCACGGCCGAGGACGACGUGGUGCGGUGGUUCUGGCGGAUCGUCGACUCGUACAGCGAGGAGAUGCGCGCGCGCCUGCUACAGUUCGUCACCGGCAGCAGCCGCGUGCCGCUACAGGGCUUCAAGGCGCUCCAGGGCUCGACGGGUGCCGCUGGGCCGCGUCUCUUCACCAUCCACGUGAUCGACGCGCCGGUGGGCAACCUGCCCAAGGCGCACACGUGCUUCAACCGACUGGACGUGCCCAAGUACCCCAGCUACGAGGUCAUGUACGACAAGCUGACCCAAGCCGUGGAGGAGACGUGCGGGUUCGCCGUCGAGUAGCCGCUGUGAUACCGGGACCAGCGCGCCGCCAGCGCGCAGAGCCUAUCUAUUUUUGUACCGUGUCUGGGCCGGCCGGGCCAUGUCGGCGCCGGUCUGCGUGGAUGGCCGGCGCUCGCUGGAGCUGCGGCCGCCGGCAGGCCUGUGGGAUGUACUGGCGUCUGUCGGGCCACCGCCGGCGUACCCGCCGUCAGGCUCCGGCUCCGGCUCCGGCUCCGGCUCGGUGCUGUCCCGCAAGACAUUCCUCGGCCGCUGGCCGGACGCGCCGCCUUGCCACGGGGCGGGCGACCGGACGCCCUCCCCACCCCCGUCCCUGUAUCCCCCCCCCCCCCCCUGAGGGCG